ACCGUAAACAGAAGUAAGUUUUAUUGAAACGGGGUUGUGUAUCGAUUAAAAAGAACCAAUCAAGAGUUAUUUUCCAUAGUGAAUAUGUAAACAGUGAACGUUGUUUUGGAAGAAAUGUCUGACACUUUGGUUGUCGCAGCAAUUGACUUUGGAACAACUUUUUCAAGUUGGGGAUUUUCGUUUAAACACGAGUUUGAUCUUGAUCCAACAAAGGUCACUGCAAAACAAUGGUCUGGAUUGGAGUCGACUAUAUCUUUGAAAGGACCAACAACAAUUUUGAUUAAUCCUGACGGGAAAACGAUUGAUAGUUUUGGUUUUGAUGCUGAAACGAAGUAUGCCGAACUUGCAGAGGAGAAUCAGCAUCAAAAAUGGUACUACUUCAAGAGGUUCAAAAUGCAGCUGUUUGACAAAAUUGGACUUCAAAGAGAUUUUACAAUUGAAGAUGCCACUGGUAAAUCUCUGACAGCAAGAACAGUGUUUUCCCUAUCUAUAAAAUACUUGAAGGAUGAUCUUAUGGACAUGACGAAGAGAAGAGUUCUUGACGAACACUUAAGAGAAGAUGAUAUAAAAUGGGUUUUGACAGUGCCAGCCAUAUGGAAUGACGUAGCAAAACAGUUCAUGCGAGAAGCUGCAGAAGAUGCAGGCAUAAAGGCUGAGAACUUGGUAAUUGCACUUGAACCAGAGGCUGCAUCAUUAUAUUGCCGACACAUUCCCACAACAAUAAGUGACAACUCUCUGUCUAAACUAAAACCGGGGAAUAAAUACCUAAUUCUGGAUGCAGGAGGUGGAACAGUGGACAUUACGGUACACGAAAUCACUAAAAAUGGAAAUCUUAAAGAAAUCUAUAAAGCAAAUGGUGGUGACUGGGGUGGAACAAAAGUUGAUCAAGCAUUCGAAGAUUUGAUUUCUGAAAUCGCAGGCCCAGGUGUAAUGGAAAAAUUCAAAGAGGAUUAUAUGGAUGCGUACCUUGAUCUGAUGAAAGCUUUUGAAGUGAAGAAAAGGGAGACUAAGAAAGGAAAACCUGUAGCUUUCAAAAUACCCGUUGCACUAAUGGAUUUGGCUGAAGACAUGACUGGGGAAAAGAUUCGAAACACUAUAUCAAAAUCUAAACACCAGGAAUGCAUUCGACUUACCGGUGAUAAAUUGAGGCUUGAUUGUGACAUUAUAUAUGGAGUAUUUGAAAAAUCUAUUAAAAGCAUAAAUGAUCACCUACAUAAACUUUUUGAAAAUCCUGAAGUGGCUAUCUGCGAUGCCAUACUAAUGGUUGGCGGUUAUUCCGAGUCCCCUUUGUUACAAGAAAGUAUCAAAGAAAACUUUUCAAGCAAGAAAAUUAUUGUUCCUACAGAUGCAGGUUUAGCUGUUCUGAAAGGUGCUGUUAUAUAUGGUCAUAAUCCAACUUUGAUAGCACAAAGAGUUUGUAAGUAUACGUAUGGGAUCGAGACAACACACACACAAAACUCUGCAUGCAACCACCCUCCAACAAAAGUAAUUAACAUGAACGGAAAGCCCAAAUGUGAUGGGAUAUUCAGUUCACAUAUCCGAGCGGGAGAUAUAGUUAACCUCGGCGAAGAGAUAAGAGAACAAAUUUACCAUCCACCAGAACCUAAUGCUACAGCAAUAAGCAUCACAAUAUACUGUACAUCGAAACGUUAUCCGGACCUUGUGACAGAGGCAGGAUGCUAUAAACUUGGCAAUGUUGAUAUUCCAAUGCCAGAUACAACAGGCGGUUGUGAUCGACAAAUAGGUGUAUCUUUUCUAUUUGGUGGUACAGAAAUAGAAGUCAAGGUCAGGGAUAUUACGACCGGAACACAGAAACGGAUAUCAGUAACCUUUUGGGGAUAAAUAUCGAUAUGCAAAUAAAUGCAACAGUCUAGCCAGGAUAAAAAAAGUAUAUUCUCAUAGCCUCAAACUUCAAUGGUUAAGAUUUUGGAGAACUAAGAAAUUGAAAAUUAUUAUAACAAAGUUGUUAAUUUUAGAGGCUAAAUAUUUUAAAUGGUUUACUCAUUUCAAUCUAGAUGCUUCUUUGAAUCAUUUGUUUUAAAACAUUCUUUUUUCAUCAAGGUAUCAGUUGAAAAUAUGUAUUAAAAUUGUAUUUGUCAUUUAGAUGUUUAUAUAAGAUAAUGGUGUUUUAAAUGCACUUUGUUGAAUUUUUGACUUUUAAAACCUCCUUUUAUUAUAUGUCGGGUUAAGAUCAUCCACAACAAUUUUAUCUUGGUAUCUAAAAAUGCCUAAAAAUAAGUUGACUCUGUGUUAUCUCUUUUAUUUCAAGUGUUUUUGAGUUUUUUUUCGGCUUGUUGUUAUUAGACUUACAAUGAGUUUAUUGGGUUUUGCGAGAAAUUUUCGCAGAUGAAAAGAUGAUAUAUUGGUGUUUUGUGUAUUAUUUUUUUCACGUAGCAUAAAAACGUUUUUCAAUCAAUUAAUGUUGUCACAUAGUUGCCAAAAUACAAGAUUUACACAAGUUAUUAUUUGUUAUAUUCAAGGAGGUCUACAAGUAUAAUUAAAUGUUUGGACUUAUUUUAAAGUGAAAUUAUGCUAAUGUUUUCAAUAAUAUAUUUCAAAAGAUUGACUAUUACACUCUAUAAUGGUGAUGGACUAAUAACUGAUAAUAAAAUAUAGGGCCUACAAACAACCUGAUAUAUAAAACGACUACCCUUUUCUUAAAGAGUAUAAGGUUGCUGCUGCAAAUCAAGGUUUGGUGCGUUUAUUAUAGUGGCAAAUUGUUAAUGGCAUAUAUUUGUUUUCCAUUUUACCUCAUUAAGUCAUUUUGUAAUUUUCUUUGUUUUUUAGGUUAAGCGAUUCUUUUCUACCAGUUAAAAUACAUGAAAUUAACAUCGCUUAUCAUAUAAAUAAAUAUCUCAGAAUUUCUAAAAACCACAUUUACUUACUAUGGUACCAUUAAGCCAACAAGAUAGACCUUCAGGGGAGGACCCUAGAUAAUGUUGGUAUAACUUUUGGUCCAACCCUUUUGUAUGUACAUUAUAUUCAUGCUUAAGAUAUUGAUGUUAGAUUGUGUAUUAAAUUAAUCAUGUACAAAAUAUGCAAUAAAAUAUUAUUAAACUAAAGUGUAUAACGUACGUGGUUAUGCGGAUUUUGUUUUCAUAGUAUAUAAAUUGAAAACAAAUGCACAAUGUAUAUGGCAAAAUGUCAAGCUAUUCCGAUUUUACCUGUUCACCGACUAUUUACACUUGGAUGUGCAUUUAAACUUUAACUAUCAUAAAUCAAAUAGAUUAUCUGCCCUGCAGAUCUCGUUCACCUUUGUAUAAGCGGGUGCUGGUGUACAUUAACAUUUGAUAAGUUAUAUGAAUCUGUAUAUCUUAUAAUAUUUAUCGGAUACGCAUUUAUAUUGUUUUACGUGUAUGUAUUAAGUUCUUCUACAAAAUUGCAUUGACAGAUAUUAUUCAAUAGGAAAAAUAAGAGUUUAUCAAAGCAUCCUCAAGGUUGAUCACGGUAUCCGUAACGGGCCGUUGGAACAGUUUAAUUUCACCUUAAAAAGUAUUUUCACUUUGUUGUUUUUUCAUUGCAGGUGACAAUGACGAUAACCAUAAUUUGUAGAUAAAGGAUAAGUGUACCUUCUGAUCAAGGGGUAGAUAUUAAGCUUAGAUGUUAUUGUAUUUAUUCCAUAUGAUAAAAAUAUACAGUAAUUAGAUAUAUUUCUAAUUGAAAAAAAUGUAGUAUCCACGAGUUUUGCAAGGGUGUGUAAAUUUUAACAUAACAUUCAGUGUGCUGUUACAAUAU